GCGCGCGCGAAGCCCGUGUUGUCCUGUUGCAAGGCAGUCGGCGCGCUGCACGUUUCUCUCUCACAUCCUCUCCGCGUUCUGCGUGAAGACGAACGAAGAGCGGUAGCGGGGUGAAAGGACAAUCCAGUCAGGAAUAGUUAUCUUGCAGAGUCUUCACAUUGAAGGCCCCCCCUCUUUCUGCUGACGCCGCCCCCUGCUGGAGACGUGUGGAAUGAGCAUCUGCGGCAGGAAGGCGCUGACGCUGCUGAGCAGCGUGUUCGCGGUGUGUGGCCUGGGGCUCCUCGGCAUCGCGGUGAGCACAGACUACUGGCUCUACCUGGAGGAGGGCAUCAUCCUGCCCCUCAACCAGAGCGCCGAGAUCAAGAUGUCCCUGCACUCGGGCCUGUGGAGGGUCUGCUUCCUGGCGGAGAUGCCGGCUGCUGACCGAGUGUUGCCUUCUGUUAAACCAGGGGAGGAGACGGGCCGCUGCUUCACCAUCGAGUACGUCAUGCCCAUGAACGUCCAGAUGACCUCCGAGUCCACCGUCAGCGUGCUGAAGAUGAUCCGCUCUGCCACGCCCUUCCCCCUGGUCAGCCUCUUCUUCAUGUUCAUCGGGUUCGUGCUCAACAACAUCGGACACAUCCGACCCCACCGCACCAUCCUGGCCUUUGUUUCCGGAAUCUUCUUCAUCCUCUCAGGUCUGUCCCUGGUCGUGGGCCUGGUGCUCUAUAUAUCCAGCAUCAAUGACGAGAUGUUGAACAGGACCAAGAACAACGAGGCCUACUUCAGCUAUAAGUACGGCUGGUCUUUCGCCUUUGCUGCCAUCUCCUUCCUGCUGACCGAGACGGCGGGCGUGAUGUCCGUCUACCUGUUCAUGAAGCGCUACACGGCGGAGGAGAUGUACAGGCCGCACCCCGGCUUCUACCGGCCGCGGCUCAGCAACUGCUCCGACUACUCGGGCCAGUUCCUGCACCCCGACGCCUGGGUGCGAGGCCGCAGCCCCUCGGACAUCUCCAGCGAGGCCUCCCUGCAGAUGAACUCCAACUACCCCGCCCUGCUCAAGUGCCCCGACUACGACCAGAUGUCCUCCUCCCCCUGCUGA